ACGAGUCGCGCUCUCAAGAACAAUCAAAAACUGGACGUAGUUCCAGAAAGUUGCCUUGGCUAUAAAGUGUAUUUUAUAUUUCCAUUAUCUCUAAUCGCUAUGCAGGCAAUCUUUGAGUUAAGCCUAGUGCUGUGCCUGAUUGCCAGCUGCUGCAUUUCAUCCGGCCACGCAGCUCUGCUUUAUCCCACAAAUUCGGAAUAUGGUCUCUUUGUGGCCAUAUCCGUGCCAAUAAGUCUGCCGCAUCGCAAUGUGUUUUUGUCCUACAAUUACGAGUUUAAUUACUAUCAUCCGGAGCAUGUCUACAAAUUUCCACCUAUUUUGAUGGGUCAAGAUUUCGCAGAUGGCUAUCUUACGUAUCCCACCCAUGAUGCAGCGCAAAGCAGACAGUGUCACAAUUGCACCGUCGGCACUAAUACUACCAAGGCAGAAAUCCCGGAUCCGCAAAAGACGAGGGACACAAGUACGGCGCCGGUUCGUGAAAAACGCGAGUUGUCGCUGAUGACACGCAAGACCUUCUACACUAUACUGCGCGAUAAACUAGACAGAUCUGGCUAUCCCGCUGAGGCCUGUUUGCUGCGCAUGAUCUGCGAGACGAACGCCUCAACGCUGGGCGAGAUAAAUGGAUUCUUGGGCAGCAUUGUGCACGUUAUUUUCACUCCCAGCAGUUCCAGAGAUGAGCAGCUGCCUCAUGUUUACUAUCAGGCCGAGGCGGAUGGACUGCAGCAGCAAUGCGCGCUCUACGAAAGCGACUGCCCCUACAAUGUUAUGGAUCUGAUUUCAACGCCCGUGGAGCGAAUACUCCAAGACAUCGUGCAAAGAAGAAGAAGAAAAUAA